AUAUACGUGUUAAUAAUCGUAGACAUAGGUGAAUGUUCGACUGACUACACAAAAGAUACGCAUACAGAAACAAAGAGACUUUCAUAGGAAGCCCGGCGUUAGGUCGUGGGUCGAGGCCACACGUAGGCAAAACGCACAAACAAUGUAGGUAGGCUGCGUUUGAAUUCUUUUACGCGAACGCUGCAUAUUGCAGGCAACAUCGGCAAAUGCGAGCCUGUAACGACAGCCUAUGUAGUAGGUGGCAAGUAACUGCUGCAACAAAUAUCCCCACUCAAAUAUCCCCCCACACAAAUGCCCAUUUGUACCUCAACGAUGUACCCAAACAUGUUGUGCAACAUGUGCGAAAAGGCGCGCUGCCACGAAUGACCGUGUGCAUGUGUGUACGUGUGUGAAUGUUCGUGUAGGUGCAGAUUCUAAUGUGUACAUUUGAACUAUGUGUUUGUGUAUGUGGAUAAGAGUGAAAGUUCGAGAAAUGUUCCACACGCAAAUGCACCGGGGCACGAUCGCCUGGUCGGCUAACAGGAAAAUUCAAAUUGAAAAGUGCCUUUCAAGUGAAAAGACGUGCGAGGAAAAGUUUACGCGUGGAAUAUUAGCCAUUUCCGCCAGUUCACAAAAGAAAAAAAAGGUUUUGUGCCCCGUUUAACCGGGACCUUUAAUUCCCGCUGCCGAUCCUGCUACCAGAAUCCUCUCCAUCUCCUGUAUGCAGGCGCCUACAUCACAUGCGAGAUCGAUUUUGCAGCUACAGAUGAACGAAUAUAAAUACCAUUACUUAUUUACUAGUUUCGACAUUGAAACAUUCGAUCUCGAGGACUUCAAAUAUAAUUUUGUGAAUAUCACUUCGUUCCGUCUGGUUGAUGUCGGUGAUGUGAGCGUGCGCAACAUACUCAAGGACAUGGAAGCAUUCAGAAGCGAACACAACAAUGAAAAAACUUACUACCGAAAGCUGCGCACGAUACAGACAGAACCAGCGCUAGCAUACGAUUCAGUUUAUAUAUUUGCUAUUGGCUUAAAAACCUUGGAACAGUCACAUGCACUGCGCAUUUCGAACGUUUCAUGCGAGGACGAGACACCAUGGGAAGGGGGUUUGAGUUUGAUAAACUAUAUAAAUUCGGUGGAGUGGCGGGGUCUAACCGGCCCGAUACAGUUCAAAGAAGGCCGACGUGUUCAAUUUAAGUUGGACCUAGUCAAACUGCGCCAACAUUCCAUAGUUAAAGUGGGCGAGUGGACCCCACAGACUCGUCUCAAUAUAACCGAGCCGUCGCUAUUCUUCGAUGCAGGCACAAUGAAUGUUACGCUAGUGGUUAUAACAAUAUUGGAAACACCUUACGUAAUGAUGCACUACGGAAAAAAUUUUACUGGAAAUGAGCGAUUUUUUGGAUUUUGCGUAGACAUAUUGGAGCUCAUAGCUCGCGACAUUGGUUUCGAGUACAUCCUAGACCUGGUGCCCGAUCGAAAGUAUGGAGCUCAAGACCCAUUUACAGGUGAAUGGAACGGUAUGGUUGCACAGUUGAUGAAAUAUAAAGCCGAUUUGGCUGUCGGAUCAAUGACAAUCACUUACGCCCGUGAAAGUGUUAUAGAUUUUACCAAACCAUUUAUGAACCUUGGCAUAAGUAUUCUAUUCAAGGUGCCAACCACACCGGCUUCUCGCUUGUUUUCCUUCAUGAAUCCACUGGCCUAUGAUGUGUGGCUCUACGUUUUAGCUGCUUAUUUUUUGGUUUCAUUCACCAUCUACAUCGUGGCAAAGUUUUCACCAAUCGAGUGGCGAGACAAAUAUCCAUGUGACAUGAGAAAUCCUGCCAUAACUAACCAGUUUUCAUUAUCUAAUAGCUUUUGGUUUACAAUUGGCACGUUGAUGCAGCAAGGAUCUGACAUAAACCCUAAGUCGAUAUCCACACGUAUUGUUAGCGCUAUAUGGUGGUUCUUCACGCUUAUUAUCAUUGCUUCGUACACAGCUAACUUAGCGGCAUUUUUAACCGUCGAACGCAUGAUAACUCCUAUUGAAAAUGCUGAGGAUUUGGCCAGCCAAACCGAGAUCUUCUACGGCACACUGGAAAGUGGCUCCACUAUGACGUUUUUUCGCGACUCAAUCAUUGAAACAUAUCGAAAAAUGUGGCGCAACAUGGAGAAUAGGAAAGCUAUCGCUUUCACUUCCACCUACGAAGAGGGUAUAAGGCGCGUGAACAAAGGUAACUACGCCUUUCUCAUGGAAUCCACAAUGCUUGACUACAUAGUGCAGCGGGAUUGUAAUUUGACACAGAUCGGAGGUCUACUUGAUACUAAAGGUUAUGGUAUCGCAACGCCAAAAGGCUCACCAUGGCGUGACAAAAUUUCUUUGUCCAUACUAGAACUCCAGGAAAAGGGUGAUAUACAAAUGCUCUACGACAAGUGGUGGAAAAAUGCCGGCGAAACCUGUGUACGCAAAAGCAACAGCAAACAAACAAAGGCGAAUGCACUCGGUCUGGAUAAUAUAGGUGGCGUGUUCGUUGUCCUACUCGUGGGUAUAGGCGUAGCAGCUUGCGUGGCUGUGUUCGAGUUUUGGUACCACUAUCGCACCCGAAAUAGGCGUAGCGUCUACUGUGAGGAUAAAUACCACCACACUACGGUUACCGACAAGGCGACAAGUGCUACAGGUAGUUUCGUCCUCGCCGAUACAUCUGACCGCGACAAACUGCAGGAGGAUCACAUCGUUGAACUAGAAUUCAUCCAGCAGCAACAGGAGCAGUCUUGCGAGCAUGUUACCGCCUACUGUUGCACCGAAACACCGCCCCAGCGUUCACUUUGCGGCGAGAUGCUCGACGAAUUUCGCUAUGCCUUGCGUUGCAUGGACUCUCAUCGGCGGCCAGCCCUGAAGCGUCGCUGCCCCACGUGCCACUUGUUCAAGGAUGUUAAGGGAUUUGUGGACAUAGACGCGAGGGGAUCAACAGAUGCUCGUUUCAGUAUUGUCGGCAGCGCUUCUAACGAAUUGGAUGUCGCAACCAUGCAGAGAAGACACAUCGCGGAACCACUGCUCUUGCUUUCGCCGACAUCAAGCGCACUCAACCCUGUAACGUAGAAAAAAAUUAAAUUGUAGUUACUUAAAUUUUAAAAACAAUACAGUUUGUUUUUAUUUAGCCGAAGUAAAAAUAAACAUACAAUGUAUCAUAUAAUUCAAUAAC